CGACGCCGCCCAGUCCAGCCUCGCGACGGGGCGCGAGUGCGAGCGCAGGGCCAAGGAGCGCGGCAAGGGCCACAAGUUGGGGCCACCGCGCGGACGCGUAGCCGCCAGUUUCGUGGAAGGCCUGAUCGAGUUCAUGAACAACGACGUCGCCCUUCCAGAGCACAUGAAACCAGUCCUGGUCACGCUCGAUGAGUUCGCGACAACAGUCGACGGCGUUCGGGGGGUGAAGGGCGACGACGCGAUGGCCGACAGCGACCGCGCGACGAGGAUUUCCCUCGCGAUCAACGCGAGCCCGUUCUUCGGGGCAGCGCUCUACAAG